CAGCGCCCCCUGCAGCCUCAAAUAAAAACAGUGAACGUUGAGACAUCAAAGGUAAUCUUUGUGGCGUUUGACAACGAAUUUAAAUUUUGUGUGUGACAGUAACUGUAUUAACAAAAAAACAAAGACGACGGUAUCGGCGACUUCAACCUCAACCGGACUAAGGUCUACAAUGGCAGCCAGCGACUCAGCGGGCGACGAUUCCCUGUACCCCAUCGCGGUCCUGAUCGACGAGCUCAAAAACGAAGACGUCCAGCUGCGGCUCAACUCCAUCAAGAAGCUGUCAACAAUAGCGCUGGCGCUGGGGGUGGAACGCACCCGCUCGGAGCUCAUCCCCUUCCUCACGGAGACGAUCUACGACGAGGAUGAGGUGCUGCUGGCGCUCGCGGAGCAGCUGGGCAACUUCAUUACGCUGGUCGGCGGGCCCGAGUACGCCUACUGCCUGCUGCCCCCGCUGGAGAGCCUCGCGACGGUGGAGGAGACGGUGGUGAGGGACAAGGCGGUGGAGAGUCUGCGGGCGGUGGCGCAGCAACACAGUCCGGCUGAUCUGGAGAACCACUUCGUGCCGCUGGUGCAGAGACUGUCGGCGGGGGAUUGGUUCACUUCGAGGACGUCGGCGUGUGGGCUGUUUUCGGUCUGUUAUCCAAGAAUCUCAACUCAAAUGAAAGCCGAUCUGAGGUCCCACUUUCGCGCGCUGUGUCAGGAUGAUACCCCCAUGGUAAGAAGAGCCGCAGCCACGAAAUUAGGCGAACUAGCGCAAGUCGUGGAAUUGGAAUAUCUGAAAACCGAUUUGAUCCCCAUGUUUUUGAGCUUGACACAGGACGAACAGGAUUCGGUCAGAUUGUUAGCCGUGGAAGCGUGCGUGAAUUUCGCCUCGCUUUUCCCACAGGAGGACAUCGAAAUGUUCGUCAUGCCCACGGUUCGGAAUUGCACUGGCGACACCUCCUGGAGGGUCCGCUACAUGGUCGCCGACAAAUUCACCGACCUCCAGAAAGCCGUCGGUCCCGAAAUCACCCGCACCGACCUCGUCCCCGCCUUCCAGAACCUCCUCAAAGACACGGAAGCCGAAGUCCGUGCCGCCGCCGCCAACAAAGUGAAGGAUUUCUGUCAGAACCUGGACAAAGCCCACCAGGAAAGCAUAAUAAUGAACAACAUCCUCCCGUGCGUGAAAGAGCUCGUCGCCGACCCCAACCAGCACGUCAAGUCUGCGCUGGCCUCCGUGAUCAUGGGUCUCAGCCCCAUCCUCGGCCGCCACAACACCAUCGAACACCUCCUCCCGCUUUUCCUCACCCAACUCAAGGACGAAUGCCCCGAAGUCAGGCUGAACAUAAUCUCGAACCUCGACUGCGUCAACGAAGUCAUCGGCAUCCAGCAGCUGUCGCAGUCGCUGCUGCCGGCCAUCGUCGAGCUGGCCGAGGACUCCAAGUGGAGGGUGCGUUCGGCGAUCAUAGAGUACAUGCCGCUGCUGGCGGGCCAGUUGGGUCGCGAGUUCUUCGACGAGAAGCUGAACGCGCUGUGUAUGACCUGGUUGAUGGACCACGUUUUCGCCAUAAGGGAGGCGGCCACUUUGAAUCUGAGGAAGCUGGUGGACCAGUUCGGGGCAGAGUGGGCGGAGACUACGAUUAUACCGAAGGUUUUGGCGAUGUCACGCGACCAGAAUUACCUCUACAGGAUGACUUGUUUGUUUUGUAUUAAUGUUUUGGCGGAGGCCUGUGGGAGUGACAUUACGACGAGGCUGCUUCUGCCUACCGUUUUAAAUAUGGCGAAUGAUAAAGUGGCGAAUGUUAGGUUUAACGUGGCGAAGACGCUGCAGAAGGUGGCGCCACAGCUGGAUCAGGCGGUCAUACAGCCCCAGGUCAAACCAGUGCUUGAUAAACUCACCAUAGAUAAUGAUAUUGAUGUUAAGUAUUCGGCGUCGGAGGCCAUUGCUGGUAUUGCUGCACUAGGUUGAAGAGGAGCGUCGUUGUACGAGCUGAUGUAAGUGAAAGAAAAUAUACAUAUUAAUUAUAAUAAAUUAAUCUCGUAGAUUGUAAUAUUAUAUAUUUGUUGUGCUCCAUAUGAUUUAAAAAGAAUGUGUAAUAUAGCGUCUCUAGAAAAAUAGUAUGAACAGUUCGGUAA